CGUCCACGCGAACCAGUAGCGCACCCGUCAGAACUGGCUCUCGAGGCGACGCCGCCAUCCCCGCCCUUUUCCGAGAUGGCGGCGGCGAGGACGCUCUAGCCGCCGGCCUGGGUUCCGCGGAGGCGUGGGGGGGGCGGCGGCGGCUGCGCGUGGGUGUCCCGCCCCCUCCCUCCCGCACCCGCGCCGGUCGCCGCUGUCGUCGUCACAGCUGCGCCCGCGUCCGGCCCCGCGCCUCGGGCCGGAGGAUGCCCAGGAGGCUGCUGCUGCCGCCCCCGCUGUCCGCGUGCUCGGUCCUGCGCCUCCCGCGGGCUCGCCCUGCCGCCCCGCCGGCCAUGAACGCCGCCCGCACCGGCUACCGAGUUUUCUCGGCCAACUCCACGGCCGCCUGCACCGAGCUGGCCAAGCGCAUCACCGAGCGUCUUGGUGCUGAAUUGGGGAAAUCUGUUGUGUACCAGGAGACCAAUGGAGAAACAAGAGUUGAAAUCAAAGAGUCUGUUCGUGGCCAAGAUAUUUUCAUUAUACAGACGAUACCCAGAGAUGUGAACACAGCCGUGAUGGAGUUACUGAUUAUGGCCUAUGCACUGAAGACCGCCUGUGCCAGAAACAUCAUCGGUGUCAUCCCCUACUUCCCCUACAGCAAGCAAAGCAAGAUGAGGAAGAGGGGCUCCAUCGUGUGCAAGCUCCUGGCUUCCAUGCUGGCGAAAGCCGGUUUAACUCACAUUAUCACUAUGGAUCUUCACCAAAAGGAAAUACAAGGCUUUUUCAGCUUUCCCGUGGACAACCUUAGAGCCUCACCUUUCCUGCUUCAGUAUAUCCAGGAAGAAAUUCCAAAUUACAGAAAUGCAGUCAUUGUAGCUAAGUCUCCUGAUGCUGCAAAAAGGGCUCAGUCCUAUGCUGAGAGACUGCGCCUGGGGCUGGCCGUGAUCCACGGAGAAGCUCAGUGCACGGAGCUGGACAUGGAUGAUGGUCGACACUCGCCCCCCAUGGUCAAGAAUGCUACUGUGCACCCGGGCCUGGAGCUUCCCCUGAUGAUGGCCAAAGAGAAGCCCCCAAUAACGGUGGUCGGGGACGUCGGGGGACGCAUUGCGAUCAUAGUGGAUGACAUCAUUGACGACGUGGAGAGUUUUGUGGCUGCUGCAGAGAUCCUGAAAGAGAGGGGAGCUUAUAAGAUCUACGUCAUGGCCACACACGGUAUCUUGUCUGCUGAAGCCCCCCGUCUGAUUGAGGAGUCCUCCAUUGAUGAGGUGGUGGUGACAAACACUGUCCCUCACGAGCUCCAGAAACUGCAGUGUCCCAAGAUAAAGACUGUGGACAUCAGCUUGAUUCUUUGUGAGGCCAUUCGGAGGAUUCACAACGGCGAGUCCAUGGCUUACCUCUUCCGGAACAUCACGGUGGACGACUGACCUGAGUGGCCGUGACCCUAAGCCUGCACAGCCAUGUGUCGGCCUGGAAGUGGGCUGCAGUAGAAAAGUCUACAGGGCUCGUGAGGGGGAGACUCUAAGAUAGGAAAGACAGGACUAAUAAAUAAAUGACAUAACCUCUGUCGGCCAUCAUCGGCCCUGUUCCCUAACCCUGAGCAGACACUGAAAGCCCUACUGAGGUGGAAGAGAAGCCAAAGGUGGAGGCUCCCUGCUCCUUCUGUUCAGUAGUAUCAGCUCUAGGGAAGGCAAGUGGGGUACUGAAUUUGGCCAGGGAGCUGAGUGUUCUCACCCUGGACCCGGGUCUAACAUGUCUCAGAGAAUCACUUCUCCUUCAGAAACCCCUGUGCCAGCUGCCAUUCAACAGAAGCAUCUGUGUCUGCCCUUCCUGAGCUAGUCAGGUUAGAGAGGACCCUGUCCCCAGCAACCGUGUUGCUCAGAAGUUGCAAAUAAAGGUUUCUUGUCUCU